GUUUCCAUAGACGUAUCUAUGUGCAAUAGUAGAGUGGGGAUUGCUAAGGCGGGAUCUAAAGUGUCAUAAGUUGGUUACCACGUGUACUGUAUACUGUGUUUAUCUAAAAUAAAGAGUUGCAAUGGAAGAAAAUGUCAAAGUAAAUUCAAUAUGCCGAAUUUGCGGGUGUACAAAUUUCUUCAAAGAUGCUGGUUUUUAUUACUGUGAAAACUGUCAAACACGAAAUGAGGAAAUAAGAGAAGAAAUAUUUGAUAUGCGUGUAGAUCCAAGUACAAAACUGCGAAAGAUUAAAAUCAAGCAUGCAGAUCGAAAACAUAAUGAAACUCAGGGUUGGACAACGUGGGAAAUAUAUAAUUUUGCUUUAAUUGGACUAACCGAAGAAAUGAUUGAACUUGGUGCUUCGCCAGAUAUCAAAUUUACAGUAUUACAAUUAUGGUCAACUUACUUAAGUAAACUUGAAGUGGCAUUUACUUCAAUAAGCAAAAAGUCUUUACCAAGGCUUUCUAAACAGUAUCAUAAAAAUGAUGCAGAAAUAAUUUAUGGUAAAGUUAAAUCAAAAAAGAAGAUUAUUAAACGGAAUAAAUUACAUACAAAUAGUACAAAUCAAUCUGUGGUUUCUGGUAGUACUAGUGCUUACUCAGCUAGUACACCUGGUGGUGGUUCACAAGGAUUUCACAGAAAUAAAAAACUCUUGAUAAAUUCAGAUUAUGAGAAAUACCUGAAAUCCCAGACAAAUUCUGAUGCUGUUAGUGCAGUUAGUGGAUACAGUACUAAUACAGUAAAAUCAUUCGAUAAAGAAGAAAGAAUAUCCUUUAACAAAUUUGCAAAAGAAGAAAAGAAAAAGAUAACAAAAUUAUCUAAAAAUGUUUCAUAUAUUAAAAGAGUUAAAUACAGAGAAAAACAUACUACUUCUCAAUAUAAAACAGGUCCAUAUGUAAUUACGGGAAUUAAACUAUGGGCUAUUAUUUAUCUAGCUAUGAGAAUUCAUAAAGAACCUAUACAAUUAGGUGAUAUGUUAAGGUUUGCUAGAGAGGGUCAUAUGUCUUAUUAUAAAUUAGAUCAUUUAAUUCCGUCCGAGGUGAAACUAUCUCAAAAUGAUGUGAAUUUUUUAACACAAAAUACAGAGAUAACUCAUAAAGGUAUCAGAAAGAUAGCUGCAAGGAUGGCAAAAUUUAUUGGAAUUAGGAAAUUGAGUUCUCCAAACCUUUUACCAUUGAUCAGUCGUUAUUGUCAGGAAUUAGCAUUACCAAGAGGUAUAUUACUGUAUGCUGAAAGAUUUAUUGCUCUCUCACCUCCAACAAUGAUUUUUGAUUUUAAAAAGGCAGAUAUUCCUAACUAUGAAGCACGUGCUAUGGCAUUCAUUAUAGUGGUAUUAAAAAUUUUAUUUGGAUUAGAUGGUAUAACAGAGUAUACCAUUAGUAAGAUUGCAGAACAUAUUAAUAUUGUUGGCAACAAACAUAAUGUACUUGAUAAAAAAUUAUUCAGUUUUUACGAAUGGCAAAGAUAUAUCGAAUGCAGAAAAAAUAUUUUGGUUAAUAAACAUUAUCCAACAAAAUUGAAAUACAAUCCAACAUUACCGUUGAGCAAUAAUAUGUAUCUGAAUUUCAUGGAUUUUAUUAAUUCAAAAAAAGAAAGAGAAAAUCCAGAAAUUAUUAAUUAUAAACAUCUCCUUCCACGAGAUCUUUCUGAUGCUAUGAAGCGGUGUUUUGAAAAGUUAAAUCAAAAUAAUAAACCAGAAUCAGAUGAUGUAAUAUUAUUUUAUCCAUCAUUGACGCCUUUUUAUUCUUAUCUUCAACAACUGUGGGAAAAUUCGUCCAACGAUAUUCCUGAUAUUUUAAGAUCUGACUUUUAUGAAACCAAAGUUGGAUAUAUGACACAUAUCAAAGAUUUUCAGCAACUUGCUACACAAUGUAACAUAAAUUUGAAAAUUAUAAACUCUAGAUCACAUUUUAUCAAUAAAAUUGUACCUUACUUUGAACGAUAUAAGAUGGAAGAAGUGGCAAAACUUAAAGAAGAUGUUAAAGUAUGUGAUAUUAACGAGUCAGAAGAAGAGGAUAUAAAAAAAAUAGAAAAUUUUGUUACUUUUGUAGAUAAAAAUACACCUUGCUAUACUAGAAUUGAUGAUACAAAAUUACAGUAUUUUGAUGACGUACGAAAUUUAUUAAAAAUGAAUACAAAUGUUAUUCAUAACGAUCAUAAAGAUUUUAUAUUUGAAGAUGUAUUACCAAAUGGUAAAUUAUUAAUACCUCAAGAAAAUAAUUCUACAUCGGAUGAUGAUGAUAAUGUAACACUUUUUAAUGACACAAUUAAACCAAAUUCUGAUAUAACUGAUAUAAAUUUUUAUCAGAAAUAUAAUAUCGAAUUAUCAAAAUACGAGCAUGAGUCAAUACUUAAGCCACAAUAUGUGGAAAGUAUUGAAGAUUUUAUGAAACGUAAAAUGCAUAGAUAUCGUAAUGCGAAAGGACAAUUCAUGAAAGCUUCAGAAGCACAAGAAAUUAUGAAUAAUCUUAUGAAACCUAAUGUAAUAGAUAAUCUUAAUUUUUAUGAUUUACAUAAUUUUACUGGAAUAAAUUUGAAUGAUGAUGAUGAUGAUUUGAGUUUAUUGAAUAUUGGUGAAAUGAAUUUACCCGAAAUGCCAUGUGAUAUACCAAUAAAAGAAGAACAAGUAUUUAAUGAAGAAUAUAAUUUUAAAAGCGAUUUAAAUAAUGAGAAUAAUUAUUUCAAUUUAUCUGACAUAUCCAUAUUAAAUGAUGAUACCAUUUUGGACGAAAAACUGGAUAUAAAUGAGACAAAAUGUAUUUUAAACAAUGACAUAGAUUCUAAGGAACAGGAAUCUAAAAAUAUGAAAUUUUUUCGUCCCUGUGAAGAUUAUUGGAUGUAUCAUUGUAUAUUCAGUCGUGUAAAAGCAAAAAAUUUUGAAUUAUUUGAAAAAGUUUUACCAAGAAGUUUUCGUUGGUUGUUAAAUGAAUGUGCAAAUAUUUUAGAAAUGACUACGGAAGAGUUGUAUGAAGAAAUUUGUACGAUAGAAAAUUUUUACUCGCAAAUUUUAAAUCCUAAUAAUGUAUUUGAUCAUUCUACAAGAAUACAUCGUAGUAUUAUCAUUAAUAAAUGGUAAAAAAUUAUUGUAUAGUCUAAGAAACUUUAUAUAAAAAUGUA